AUGAAGUUUGGUAAGAACAUCAGAAGAGAGAUGCAUAACCACUCUGGUAUGCAUUAUAUAAAUUAUAAAGUAUUAAAAAAAUUAAUAAAAUAUAUUAAUAAUAGUAUUAUUGAAAAGGAAUUAGAGAAUGGGAAGGAAUUAAAUAAAAGAUUUGAAGAAGUUCUAUUACAUGAUUUAAAUAUAAUAGAAGAAACAUUUGUAAAAUUAUUUAAAGAGAUUAUGAAUAUAAAAAAAGAGAUUGAAAAGAAUUAUAGUACAUUAGAAAUAUUUGAUAAUAAUGAUAAUAUGAAGAUAUCUAAAGAAUGUAUAUCAUUUGAUACUUUAUUAAAUAUAUUAAAAGAAAAAAAUGUUUCAAAAGAAUUUUUUAAUUUUUGUGUUCAAUUAAGUAUACUCUCGAAUAAAUGUAAGAUUAUAAGAACAUAUGUUAUAUAUAAUUAUAUAGGAUUAAUAAAAAUAUUAAAAAAAAAAAAUAAACAUUGUGGUAAUAUAUAUAGAAAUAUACAAGUAACUGAUAUAUUGUCAAGUUAUACUUGGUGCCUAUCAGAUGAAUUACCUAAAUUAAUUUCAUCAGUUAAUAUUAUUUCUGAUGAAUUUAUGCAGAAAUAUACUAAUACAAAUGUAACCAUUGAAAAAUAUAUAUGCCCUAUUUGUCUAUCUUUAAUACAUGAACCAGUUACUUUAAAUUCAUGCUUUCAUUCCUUCUGUUGGAAAUGUCUAGCUACUGCUAUUCAAAAAUAUUCUAUAGAUAAUUGUCCAUCAUGUAGAACUAAAAUUGUUUAUGAUAAAAAUUCUUUCAAAAUUGAUGGAAUUUUAAACCAGUUCUUAGAAAAGCAUUUUUUAAGUGAACAUGAGAAAGAAAAAAAUCGUCCCAUUAAAGGGACUCACCAAAAAGGUGGAAGUGGCGUGCAAAAAAUGGACAUGGAAACAUUCAAGAGGGAAAAUAUUGGGAUGGAAAAUGUUGAGGUGGAAAAUAUUGAGAGGUACAAUAUUGGUAGGGAAAAUAUGGACAGGUACAAUAUUGGUAGGGAAAACAUCGAUUGGAAAAACAUCAACAGAUGCAAUAUUGACAAGAAUCAUCUUAUAAAGAAGACAAACAAGAACAUCAAUAUUUGUAACAAUUAUAAAACAUCAUUUAAUUAUUCAAAUAAUUAUGUAUUAUCAAAUAAAGUGUUUGAAAAUAAUAAGACCAGUUGUGUUAUGAACUAUAAUAUAAAAGACGAGGAAAACCCAAAGGUAUCACCAUCAACUUAUGAUGGUUUUAUUUUAUCUUCAUCAGAUUCUUCAAAUAGCAAUCAAAAUAAUGGCAUAAAUUUUGUGAAUAUGAAAAAAGGAAAGGAUAUUAUCGUUCCUACGACUAAAAUGAGUAAUGGCUUGACAGCGUAUGAAAUACUAGAUGAUGAAUAUAUGGAUACCAUUGAAAGUUUAAAUAAGUAUGUGUCUGUAUUAAAUACGAAUGAUAUAAAUUCUAUGGAUGACAGAGAAAGAGAGUGUAGUGAUUAUAGUGAUGAAUUUUGUAAUGAGAUAUCAAAGGAUAAAAUAAAUAAUAAUGAGAGUAAUAGAAUGAGGCAAGAAAAUAAUUAUAAUAAUAUAAUAAAUGAAGUUUUGAGUUAUACGUUUAAUUAA